AUUUAUUUCCACGCAUUUUAGUAAUUUUAUAGGAGGGUUACUUGUCAUGUAUUUUAUCCUAUACAUAGCUGAAACUGGAUGCACUCACAUUCACGAAAACACAUAUUAAACAGUCUAAAAUGAAACCGCCUAAAUUAUUCACUAAGUUGAGAGUUUACCAACGCCUAGCCGAGAUGGUUGGUGCUCCGUUGGGUUGUGAGAAGUUUACCAACGCCUAGCCGAGAUAGCUAGACAGAAGUAUUAAUGUCUUUAUACUAGAGAAGUUAGCAUUUGUGAGUCUAUUUUCUGCUCACUUGCUAGUUUAGUGAAUGUUAAGAGGCUCGGUCCAACUAUCCUGCUCACUUGCUCGUUUCGUUUGUGUCAUUAAGCCCGCUUCAGCGUCAUGCACCCGUCAGUCGCGCCCACACGCCCGUGCGCCAGUGUCGGUCCCCGUGCGCGUCGCUGCUCUGGUGUUGCGGUCUGCGUGGCUGAUUAGAGCGCACUUGUGUCGGGCAUCAUUAUGUUCUGCUGGGGAGACACUUCUAAGGGCCAGCUGGGGGUGCUUGGCGCCGCUGGACGCGUGAGUGCGCCGACGUUCGUCCACUUGUUCCCCGAGCCCGUUGUGAGCGUGGCGUGUGGAGAGCACCACACGUUAUUCCUCGCGCUAAGCGGUCGUGUGAUGUCCUGCGGGCGAAACUCCAAGGGACAACUCGGAAGAGCGAAAAGUAAAGACACUAAAUUCCCAGUUAUCGAAGGUCUGGGAGGGGUGGAAGCAGUGGCUUGUGGUCAGGAACACAGCCUGGCUCUGUGUGAGUCUGGACAGGUGUUCUCCUGGGGUGGUGGAGAGGAAGGUCAGCUGGGGGUCAUCAGCUCUGUGGCAAAAUGUACCAAACCAGAACUGAUUCAGAUACCAUCGCCCUUACCAAUACCUGUUGUGCAGGUUGCUUGUGGUCACUUUCAUUCCUUGGCUCUAACAAAAGGAGGAGAGGUGUUUGCUUGGGGCCAGAAUAAAUAUGGCCAGCUGGGGCUGGGAAAAGCAAUCACCAUGCAGGCCACCCCCGCUCUGGUGCGGGCGCUCACAGGGGUCCCAGUCACUCGGGUUGCGGCUGGUGGGGCGCACACGCUGGCCCUUGCUCUCCCAGCUCGGGUCUUCUGCUGUGGGGCAAACAGCGCUGGACAACUGGGUUUGAAAAGGACUGAUGAAAAAGGCCGCUUCUCAGUGUGCGCUGUUCCAGCUUUGAGGAACAUGGCAAUCACCUCCAUCAGCUGUGGGGCAGAGCACACCGCUGUCCUCACCAAGGCUGGAGAAGUCUACACAUUUGGAGAUGGAGCACAUGGCCAACUUGGCCACAACUCCACUGAUAAAGAGCUUCUGCCCAGGAAAGUUAAGGGCAUUGAUGCUCCAGCUAAAGAAGUAACCUGUGGCAGCCAUCACACUCUGGUUCUAACAGCAUCUGGUAUCCUCCUGGCAUUUGGGCGUGGAGUCAAAGGUCAGAUGGAGAACGGUUGCACAGAGGAUGGCCUGCAGCCUAUAAAACUGGAAGGAUCCUGGAACAAGCUGGCGGCUGCCAAGCAUGCAGAAAUAAAAAUAUCCUCUGGAUGGAGCUCCAACUUCCUGUUCUUCCCCCCUCCCAAGACCUCUGUUCUUGGAGAGUCAAUUGGAAAACUAGACCAAGCCCAAGUGCAAACAUGGCUUUCAUUGUCAGAGAAAGACUUUAACCUAGAAGAAGCUAAAAGGGAGAUUUGCCUGAAUUUUUCAACAAGUUCAAACCUCGUCGCCUGUUUCAUGAAGGACUGUGGGGCAAGCAGUGGACGCGUGCCAGGCAUGAUUCAGGUUGAUUUGAAUGCUGCCAGCCAGACCUUUGACAAGCUCCUGAUAGUUCCUUGGAUCAAGAAAGCAAUGAACAUUAUUCCACUUGUGCACAACCUUUUAUAUGCUGCACCGUUUAUGAGGUGUCCAGAGGUCUUCUUGCUGCUGCCCACCUGCCCUAUUCUUCAUGAAGACCACAAUGCCAUCAAUCUGGUGCUGCCAUUAGCUGUAGCCAUCACAAACCUCAAUGAGUCUGCCACGAAAACCUUACAGGAACACUGGUGUUCCAUGGAAGCCCCUAUGAUGACCAAGCACAUCUGUAUGUGGAAGCAGGCGCUUGCCUUUCUCCUGAAGUCCAUGGUGUGGUUAAACUACACCCCUGGGGUGAAUGCUGUGUUGGAAGUUCUCAAGUGCCUUUAUAAGGCCAACAAAAAGGCCCAGCACCAGAGGAAGGUUGCAUUCAGUGAGUUCUACAUAGAAGAAAUCGGCAACACCCCUCUGUUACUCCAAAAGGACGUUACUCUCUGGCGACAGAUUAACUGGGGUCUGGUGCAGGAAGUGGAAGGAACGUGUGUCCUUUUUUGCCGGUACCCAUUCCUACUGGACUUGCAGAGCAAAAUCAACGUUUUCAACUAUGUUGCUGACAUAACAAAGGUGAUGCAUCAGGUGAUCCAUGAGAGUGUGAGGGAUGGGGGGUUUCCCCAGUACACGCUUACCGGCGAAACCCCCACACCCGUCCUCCAGCUGAAGCUGAGACGCACAGCGCUACUGGAGGACACGUUCAGGCAGCUGUCCUCCACGGACCAUUACAACUUCAGGAAAGAGCUGUUGGUGCAGUUUGCAGAGGAUUCCAAACUUACAGAUGUCAACAAAAGAGAUUUCUUCCUCCAUGCCUUUACUGAGCUUGUAGACCCCGAUUCUAGGAUGUUCAUCUACAACGACACCCAAACACUGGUCUGGUUUCCUGCCAAGCCAAACAUUGAGUCAAAGAGGUACUUCUUGCUUGGGAUCCUGUGUGGCAUGGCCCUUUACAACGGAACCAUAGUGCACAUGCCUUUUCCACUGGCUAUGUUUAAGAAGCUGGUGAACGCGAAAGCCAAUCUGGAGGAUUUGAUGGAGUUCAGUCCCGUACUGGGCGAGAGAUUGCGAGACCUUCUGCAUGACUACACCAAUGAUGACGCUGAGAAAAUGGAGCUCACUUUCCAUGUGAGCUGGGAUGGAGCUGAUGUGGAGUUGGUUCCUCAGGGAAAAGAAAAACUGGUGACCAGUGCUAACAAAAAGGAGUUUGUGAACGCCUACGUGGAUUACAUCCUGAACAAGUCCGUGGAGAAGGUGUUUGAGGAGUUCCAGAGGGGCUUCUACAAAGUGUGUGACCGGGACGUGGUGGGGUUCUUCCAGCCCGAGGAGCUGAGAGGAGUGUUGGUGGGGUCAGAGGACUACGACUGGGACACGUUCAAGAAGAACACAGUUUAUUCUGGAAUGUUCCACGAGAAACACCCGACCAUCGUCACUUUCUGGGAGGUGUUUGAAGAGCUGACAGACAAACAAAAGAAAGCCUUCCUCUUGUUCUUGACGGGCUGCGAUCGCGUACCCAUCCAAGGAAUGGUGCACGUGAGGAUGACUGUGUCUCCCUUACUCAACUCCACCCAGGACCACCUUCCGGAGUCACUCACCUGCCACUCCAUUCUGAUGCUCCCUCCGUAUGAGACCAGGUUGCAGCAGGAGACCAAGCUUGCCAUGGCGCUAAACCACAACAGAGGCUUUUGGAAAGAAUAGAUGGUUGUUGGUGAACUGAGCUGUGAAGGGUUCAGUCGGUUAAGGCAUUUUUACAGCAGAUGCGGUAACCAGGUCACGGGCAACAUGCUCCUGUGUUAAUCAGUAUAACCUUUAACACCACUCGCGUGGCACAGCAGCGGCAAUGGUUGAAUGUUUGUGGCAAGAGAAAAAAGCAUGCUUUGGAUAUAUUUUCUGUACUUUCUACCUAGAAGCAGAGAUGGGUAGAGAACUCUAGUAAAAGCAGUUAAUUUAAAAUAAUAAUUACUAAAGCAGAAGUAAAAGUAGUUAUUUUCAUUAUUAUUUAAGCAACUUAAGUAAUAGUAAUAUGUUAAAAAGGCUAGUUAAGUAGCGAGUUACUUCAUUAGAACUUAUUUAAUAACACAAGGCAACAAUGUGUGUGUGUCCCACAAACUAAAAAAGUCUUCAUAGUUCUUUUACGCUAAAUUCAAGUCUGUUUUAAAGUUUUAAAGAUGUUUCUUUCAGUCAUGGUUUUUAAGUGAAUUUUACAUCAAGUAUAUGUUACUUAUUCAUAUAUAAGUGUUAUUACAAUUAAAACAUGUACAAUCUUGAACAUCCCUCUAAGUGGCCUGUAAAAGCUUUCCAACAGAUGGGCUCCACUUUCUUUGGUACCAAUUUUCCAUAACAAUAUAUUAGUAUAAUCGGUUGUAAAUUAUUUGUCCUGUCUUACAGAUGUCUGCUAAAUGCCAUACAUGUAGAUGCAAAUAUAAAGGAACUAAAUAAAUAUAUGGUUAAUAGGGAAAUUCUGAAAACACGUUUGUAUUCAGCAUGCUUAAAGAAUACUUAAUAAAUAGCUGUUUUUCUUUGACCUA